CAAAACACGUUGUCCCCGAAGCGAUUUCAUAGUGUUUCUUUGUUUCCGCUUCCGGACCGAGGUUAAAAAAUUUGAGAAAAUGGCGCUAAUUCAAGGAGACGGGGAUCCCAGUCUAAUAGAAAUAAACUGUGAUUUGGGACCGAACUUGAUCGACGGGGCUAUUAAUACAAGGCUUCCCGACGAUGAUGGGGUACCAGAGGAGCGGGAUCACAAGCUCCAGUGUUAUUCGAAGCGCUCGGUUACAGAGCUCCUUGAAAAAUACCGGGAGCUGCUGAAGAACGGGCUAGACCGAAAAGCUCAGUUAUCCAGUGGCGAUUUACUCCAGAACCUACAGCUGCACCUUGAUGCUGCUGUUCAAGAGAAUAUUACCAUCAAUGGAGACACUUGGGAGGCAGCUUCAGAAGAAGAGCAGCCCCAAAAUGAUGCUGACAACAAGUCUCUUGAUGACCUGCUGGACGAACACAUUUUGGAGACUGUUCUCAGACGCAAACACUAUCCAAAAAAGAUCCUUCCCUAUAUAGUCAGGAGGUUGAAAGUGGAACGAGAAAUGAUGGGAUUGUACCAGCAAGUAGUUGCACCACAAAAAAUAACAAGCGAUCAAGAACAAGAUGCCAAAAUGAAAAAUGUGUUGGCUUCUGCACCUGGAAUGGCCAAACAGGCCAGCACAGUCAUGAAGUCGCUGCAAGCUUUGCUUCAGAAAGCGGAAGGGUUGUCCCAGGUUAUGGGAAUGGAGCCUGAUAUCAGGCUCUCCAAGGCACACCAAGCCGUUUUCAAACAUGAAGAAACAGAGGAGAAAAGUAACACAAACUGUCUUGCCAGUCCACUGGAGGUAACUCCCACAGAGAAUGUCACAAAGAAGUCUCCAAAGAUUAGAUGCCCAUUGAAAAGAAAAUCUGUGGAGACUGAAAUGCAGGCACUGUACCCCCUGAGAUCAAAGAGACAAAUCAGUCUUAACGGAAGAUAAAAAUUAGUUUUCUAUGUUAAACUAUAUAGAUUAAACCUUUGCAGAGAUUCAAGAAGAAAAGGCAAGAAUGGAAAGGAAAAUGUACACUGCUAUUUGUAUGAAGGUGUCCUAUAUCCAUUAACAACAUUAACUGUAGUGUUCAUUGCUUUACACAACUCCCAAGCAUUGCUUUGCAAUUUUAACUUUUGUAUUUUUUACCACUCUCUUGUACAUAAAUAUAUAAAGCUAUAUGUAAAUUAUGUAGAGUUUUUUUUUUUUUUGGGGGGGGGGGGGUCUGUUAAAGAAAUAAGUGUUUUAUAACAGUAAUUGGUAUAUGGUCUUACACAAGUGUAUAGAAACCAUUAAAGAUGUUUGUUUGUUUGUUUGUUUGUUUGUUUGUUUUUAAAUAUUAUUUAGACCUGCAAUCAUUUUUGUAAUAACUGUCAGUGUGUUCUGUUUUGCAGCAACUAUCAGCAUUUUUUUUUUUUUUUUGUGAAAGUAAUAUAUUCUUAAACUCACACCUAAAAUUCUGAAAUGUAUAGACUUUGCUGAAAGAAAUGUCAAUAUUUUUUUUGGGGGGGGGGGUCUACCCACAGUAGAAUUCAAUUGUUUUCAGUUUUCCCCAAACAACAUUGUAAAUACAAAGUAUGUAAGGACUCGCUACAUUUCUGCUUCAUAGAUUCCUGUAAUAUUUUUGUUUUUGUUUUUUUCCUUUUGUAUAUUUUAGAUAAGCUAAAAAUCAUUGUACGUUUUGUAAAUAGCCUUGUGCGGAAAUAAAAAAAACACAAAACAGUCUCAUAUGACUAAUUAUUGGGUCUCCUCAAUAAUAAUAAUAAUAAUAAUAAUAAUAAUAAUAAUACAAAAUAAAAAAGUACCCAGAGAUCACUGAUCUAAAAAGAGGUGGAUCUUUGUAUUGUCGCUGUUAAUAUGAUUAAAAUAAAAUUUGUGUACGAGAUAUGGAAUCAGUUGGACUCUGGUAAAGAUCAUUUAUCCUGUCACAACACUAAAGUACUCUGUUUCACUACCUGGGUCUCGUUUUCCACAGUGGGCAAAUUGCCCAUCUAACACAUUUACUAUGGAAGGAGUGAUUUGCCCCUGUGUUACCGGUAAUAGGACCCCAACUCAUCCCACAUCGUUUCUUUUGUCAAAAUGAAAACAAAAAAUACAAACGGCAGAACAAUAGGUGUACUUGGUUUAGUCCUCUUUAUGCACCCAACGACAAUAUGUAAGCUUGAUCCAUUUAUUUGACCAAGUUAGUACCAUCAUUGGGAUCAGCAAGUAAUUGGAUUAAUUUGAUAUUGUUUGCAGCGUACUAAAUAAGAAGCAACAUACUUGCAAAUCUGUUUGGUUUGAUUUACAUUACAUUUUUUCUCAUACAUUUCCUAAGUCUUUAUCAUAUCACUCCAGGAUAUAAUUUAGGUAUGUUUGUUUUUUUAAGAGUGAUUUAAACUUUUAAUACAACAUGCAACCCUUGCAAAAAAAGUUUAUAACAUGUUUUUCCAGUGCUACUAUUAUGCUUUUACUGUGCUUUCACUAUGUAAUAUUAAACUGUUACAUUGUCUUAUUUAGUUUUGUUUCUUGUAUUUUAACUUGGUAGUUUUGCUGUGUUGGGAAUUUGAUUUAAAGUAUCUGAAUAUUGUUCUAGCUUGCUGGUCUUUAUAAUACAUUCUUUUUAACCCAUAAAUUACACUAUGUAACACAAUUUUUGUUUCUGGGUAGUAAAACGAAAAUGAACAAAAA